GGCUCAAAAGAUUCAAUUAGAGAGAGAAAAUCUCCCGGGGAGAGGAUAGCGGCACUAGAGAGAGAUGAGGCUGUUCGAUCCAUGGCCCGUGUUCUUCAAGAGGGAAUGGAAACGUUGUUGGCCGUUCAUUACUGGUUUCGCCGUUACCGGCGCCAUCAUCACCAAGUUCACUGCUGGGCUCACCGAGGAAGACGCGAAGAACUCGAAGUUUGUCCAGCAUCACAGGAGCCAAAUGCAGAAGCGAGCGGUGGAUUUCCCGGAGAAAGAAGGCGGUGCAUUUCAGCUCUCAUGCCUCUCUAUUCCAUUAACAUGGAAGAAUAUAAUUACCCUGAAGAAUCCCAAAGCAAAUGCUUUGAUGAUUGGUUUUUCUUCCCUAAUGUUUUGAAAUGGAUUUUGUCAUCUUUUCCAGGUAAAAGAACACAUUUUUGGUUACAUUGCAGCAAUGGUAGUUUUCAUAACAUGCUUCGGUUUCAAAAUACACUUACUCCUAAUGUUA